AUGUUCCACAAGUCCACCUUUCUGAAGGGUGCGGGUGUUGCCGCAACGGCACUGUGUCCCGGUGGUGCCGGCAGCAUAGGACCGGCUGGUGGUGCUUGUUCCACCGGUACCAGCGGUGGUUCCAUGGGUGAGAAGCAACGGUUGCGCAAAAUGCAUCUACUGCUGCCACCGGUCAAGCAGCUGCUCACCAAGCGGCGGUGCUACCUGUGCAUUAAGAUUGCCGUACUGGUCGUUGUGUUUGGACUGUACUUUAUGCUGCUGCUUCGGGAAUCGAUGAGUGCCCUGACGGGUUCAUCCUCCUCCUCCUCCUCCUCCUCCUCAUCGGGAUCUUCCGCACCGUUCGCGUCCUCGUCGUCGAUGCCCUCGUUUGCGGCACUGGCAUCACGCGCUGGGCUUACGAAACAGGCUGGCGGCGGAAAGCUAGAUGGGCUGCACGGUCGGGGGGGCAAGCACGGUAGUAAUGCGGUCGGUGCCGAGGGGCGACUACCGCGACUACCGCUGAAGAUGAUGGCGGCCGUCGGCGGUAAACAGCGGCACCAGUUUCCACCGCAGCAGCAGCCAUCCGAUGGUAGCAACCAUUCCACGCUGAAUCCGGUGUACGAGUACUCGGACGAGAUGAAUGCCGCCGCCGAGACGGACUUUAACGAGCGGCGCAUGAUGCUGUGGAACGUUUGUGCCGACCAUCGCAUCGUCGGCAAGUAUCCACCGAAUGCGUGGGAAUUUUUCAUCUCACCCGGCCACGGUAUCGCGUGGUGCAACAUCUUCAAAGCGGCCAGCAGCACAUGGAUGUACUAUUUCAACAUACUCGGUGGAUACAGUGUGCAGUACCUGCAGCGCACGAAGGCAUCACCGAUCGAUCUCGCACGGAAACGUUUUCCACGGCCCACCGCUAACGAGCUGAACGAUUACAUCUCCAACACGAUAUCGUUCCUUAUCGUCCGGGAGCCCUUCGAGCGGUUGCUCUCGGCCUAUCGCAACAAACUCGAGGGAUGUCGCAACAAAUACUACAAGCUGCUCGGUGAACAGAUCGUCAAAAAGUUCCGCAAAGCGCACCCACUGAAAGGAGCGAAAACACCCCACGGGCCAACGUUUCGUGAGUUUCUGCAAUUUCUCGUCAGCCAUUACCGUUCCGGUGGACGGUUCGAUGAGCACUGGAGCCCAGUAUACUCGUUCUGUACGCCCUGCAGCAUCAACUUUACGCUUAUCGCCAAAAUGGAAACGUUCCAGCGGGACAGCGAGUACAUUAUACGGCAGGCCGGGCUGGAAACGCUGCUGCUGAACAAGAUGCCCCGGUACAAGGCACGCUGGAUAACGAACCGAUCGGCAAGCGAUACGCGGAAUCUUAUACCGAGAUAUUUCGCACAAAUUGACGAGAAGCUGCUCACGGAUGUGUUGGAGAUUUACCAGCUGGACUUCGAGCUGUUUGGGUACAACAGCACCAAGUACUACAGCUACGUCCAAUCGCCCGACUAUGGAUAGCCAACGAUCGGCACGUGAAGGCGCGGCUAUUACUUAAAAGACUAAGCAAAACCAACAAAACAAGCUGGCAGUGAACAAUACCACCACGUGUAGAGAUCGAAUCCCGUCGAAAAGCGACCGGAAAUAGGGUGUGUUGGUGUAAGAGUGUCGAUAGAAAUGAAAGUCGCGUAGAAAAUUGUGUUACGAAUCAACCGAGAUGAAUGUUUUCCUUAUACAACCAACAAGUAUACACCGAUAUAUAUAUAUAUUAUAUAUACACCACAAACAACACAAUUCUUCAUUUAUUGUGGGUAGAAAAGAUAAUGUACCAGAUCGAAACAGAACGCACGUGUAAGAGUGUAUCCUCUUGGAAUAUCUUGGAGUAGUUCUAUUUUCGUAUACCGAUACAAACACAUGCUGACCGUGAUAAUGUAGUUCGUCGUACAUUUUGCGUUCGAUUCACCGCUAGAAAAUUAAUACUACCUAAGAAACGUGUGAUUUGUGCUAACUGGACCUGAUUUGACCUGCGUUUUGUUUCGGUUUUAGGUGAUUAGGUUAGGAACUGUUCAGUACGCACGACACUAGCUUUGUAACGUGAGAGAGCUUACGGAUUUCCGAUGAUGGAAACAUUUUACCACCGGACAAAACGCAAAACACCUGACCGAUAACGACACACCCAAACGCGAGGUGGUAGUGUGUAGGCAAGUAGUAGCAAUAGCAGCGACGAUUCGAUGCAACUUCUCAAUGCUUGUUCUGCAAUCAUGUUUUCUCCAACUCCACGAUCUAUUGCGUUCGUUCUUAACAAACGGUUCAUUUAAUCGCAGACAAAAGGGUGACAACAACAAAAUGUGCCCCAGAACAGAACCCACUGUAGUUGGAAACGGAAAGCCCCCCGCCCGUUCGAGGAUUAAAAGUGCCAAACGCGAAUGUUAAGAAAACGAUGGAAAGCCUGCGAUGAGGACGAUCGUGCAGAGGUGAUACGAGUUGCAAUACGAAUGACACAACGGUGGUAGAAAGCGUAGAGCCGCGCAACACAGCAAAACUCCCUUUUAGCGCACAAACGUUUGAGAUGAUACAGUUGGACAGAUAUAUAAGGAUAUGCUGUGAAAGUAGUGAAUAACACAUACAGAACUAAUCUUUCCAUCCCCGUCACGUGGCGAGAUGAACGAACUGGUAGUGAACAAUGUAGACGGAGAGGAUAGGAAGGGCUCUGAUAAAGAAGCGUAAUGUUUUGUUUUUGAAUAUCCCUUUAAAAAACGGAGAACUUCUUUUCUCCCUCCCCGCGAGAAGAGGGAAUUGAUCCGGUCAUGAGUACGCGUCUAGAAUAGUGACGAAAUAUUUACACCCAACAACUCAAAUGUAAUUGCACCGAAAGUAGGAACACUUCGCAACUUCGUGCGAUAGUCGUUUGAUGUUGCACCCUCCCCCCCCCAAUAGUGCGUCAUUAAAAAUUGUAACGAAAAACCUUUCACGUGGGCGACAAAAUGAGCCAUGAAAACAAAAAAAGCAUAAGGAAGAGACUAAUAAUGGCCGUGGAGGAAAGGCAAAUGUAGCGAGACGAGAAAACAAAACUAGCGCGAGUGGAUGAUUUUGAUAAACAUAUUUAAAUAACGUUCGGAAACCGAAAAACAAAACGAAAAAGAACAAAUCAAAAUUCUAAAUUUUGAACCAAUAUGUACUUGAUUUACGUGUUUCUUUGCCACCAAGAAGAACGAAAAAAAAAACGUUUAAAGGGACAAGAACUCGAAUACUUAUCGUGUAACGGUGUAGCUAGAGGCACAAGAAAAGGGAGAAGAAUUUGAUAGGGAAAGCCAAAAAACAAAACCAUAUUUCCGGAUUGUAAAGGAAACGCAACGGAGCGAAGGUGAGUUUGCGAAGGGGAAAUAUAACAAAACCAACCUUGAUGCUAGUGACUAUAUAAAAACACUACACGUUAUACACACAUAAAAAAUAUUAUAACAAAAGGAAAAAAAAACAACAUUUACAACCCUCUAUCUUAAUCUGUAAAUCAAUUUAACACUGUUUCACAACAACCAAACCGAACGGAAUAGCAUGAAAUAAACGAUUAUUAGUACACGAUGUAACGAUGUUUGACAUACAAGACAAAACAAAUAUAAGGAGAGAAAAACAAAUACAAAUGGAACGAGAACAACAUUGAGUAAGAGAAACCCACUGUCAAACGGCAAUAGAAUGAGAUAACACAUAAGGAAAAGCAUUCAAUGAUAAUAUAUAAAUCUCCAUUGCGUGUGAACAAGAGAGAAUAAAAGAGAUGCACCAUACAGCUUACAACAACAGUAAGGUAAAACGAAAACAAACUUCUAUCCACACAAUUGAAAACAAACAACAACCACAAAGAAAAACGGUUCAUACAUAGAUAUAAAAUACCAAAAUAUAUGAUCCAUUGUCGUUGUCAACCAUGUACCUUUGAUAUUUCAAACAAUAUCCCAACAUUCAAAAACGAAGAAUAACGAACAAAUUUAAAUACAAAACAUGUACGAAUAAAUUGAAUCUGAAUAAUCCCACUACUAGACGACAGGUUAACAAUGGGAAGGUAUAAGACAAAAAAACUAUUCUACAGUUCAGUAACACAUCAGUAACACACUUUAGAUGAAAACAAUUCCACAACAAAAAAAUAUCUGCAUCGAUAAAUAAAUACCAAGGAUCGCUCGCUAACCACUUCACGCAAACAAAUAGAACAACCACAACAACCGCAAAACAGCAAAUACCCACGAGGUUCGUGCGAGGGCAACAGCCAGCUACAAGUGGUAGGUUAGCGCAACAAGGCGAACGUUGCAAGAGUGUUGGAUGUCUACCGAUCGAGCGCAACAAACAGGUCGAUAGAAUAAUGCAUGAUACAAUUUGGAUAGACUGAUUCAAUAAAAGUA